UUGCGUCAAUGGGGCGGAGUUAAAGACCGGCGUUUAAGGCGAGCAUCUGCUCUCGCGCCUUUCUUACUUUCUGAACUUAUUUCGUUUUACGCGCCUGAAUCCUCGCGUUCUUUCCAUCACUUUAACUAAGUUGACUUUACGGUCCAGUCCUAAACUAAGAUCUGCGUUUAGCGCGGCGGGAACGGGAUGGCUGAGAAGAUAAACAUGGAGGAAGUAAAGACAUCCAACGGCGAGGCGCACUUCGAUGAGCCGCUGGGGAACGGACUGAAAAGCCACCGGAAGACCGAGCCGGAGCCGCUGGUCGAGCGGGUGAAGAGGAUCGUCCGGGCCAACCUGCUGGUGAUCCUCACCGUGGCCGGGGUCAUCAUCGGGGUCUUCAUCGGACUUGGAGUGCGCAACGUGGCGCUCACGAGAACGCAGAUAAUCUAUGUGGGCUUCCCAGGUGAGCUGCUCAUCCGGCUCCUGAAGAUGAUCAUCAUCCCCCUGGUGGUCUGCAGCCUGGUGUCCGGGGCGGCCAGCAUCGACCCCAAAGCCCUGGGCAAGCUCGGCGGCUGGGCCAUGCUCUUCUUCCUGGUCACCACCCUUAUCGCCUCUGCCAUCGGGGUCGUGAUGGCGUUCAUCAUAAAGCCGGGCGCGGUGACCGUCACCAAGCCGCCAUCAUUGGAUGAAGAAGUGCCAGCCUCUAAAGAAAUCAUAGACUCCUUUUUGGAUCUGAUAAGAAACAUCUUUCCAUCAAACUUGGUUUCUGCAGCUUUUCAGUCGUAUGCAACCUCCUACAAGCUGGUGAAGAAAAAUGGCACGGACGGCAACCUGAACAUCACAGUGGAGAAGGUGCCGUUUGGAACGGACCAAGAUGGCAUGAACAUUCUGGGCUUGGUUGUGUUCGCCAUCGUGUUCGGCGUGGCGUUGCGGAAGCUGGGGGAGGAAGGAGAGAUCCUCAUCAAGUUCUUCAACUCCUUCAAUGAGGCCACCAUGGUACUGGUGUCCUGGAUUAUGUGGUACGCUCCUUUCGGUAUCAUGUUCCUCGUUGCUGGCAAGAUCGUGGAGAUGGAGGACGUGGGCUCACUGUUUGCCAGUCUUGGAAAGUACAUCGCUUGCUGCAUGAUUGGCCACGCCAUUCAUGGGCUUCUCGUCCUGCCUGGCAUCUACUUUAUUAUCACGCGGAAGAACCCGUACACCUUCCUGUGGGGAAUAUUCACAGCUCUCGCAACGGCGUUUGGAACCAGCUCCAGCUCUGCCACUCUGCCCCUCAUGAUGAAGUGCGUGGAGGAAAAGAACGGCGUCUCCAAACAGAUCAGUCGUUUCAUUCUGCCCAUCGGGGCCACGGUGAACAUGGACGGAGCUGCGUGUUUCCAGUGCGUGGCUGCUGUUUUCAUUGCUCAGCUCAACGAAAUACCCCUAAACUUCAUCCAAGUCAUCACUAUCCUGGUGACGGCCACAGCUUCUAGCGUGGGAGCAGCAGGUAUACCCGCAGGCGGCGUGCUCACCUUAGCCAUUAUCCUGGAAGCGAUUGGACUUCCCACCAGUGAUAUUUCACUAAUCCUGGCCGUUGACUGGCUUGUUGACCGGACCUGCACAGUCCUGAACGUCGAGGGUGACGCCUUCGGCGCCGGGCUCCUGCAGUUCUUUGUGGACAAAUCAUCCAAACACGAAGAAGACACAGAGCUGAACGAGAUUAGGCUGGAUGAAGCCGCCGCCCCAGAGCAGUCGCCCCUCAUCGAGAAACGAGGCUUGAGUGACAGUGCAGAAGGCGGGGCCACCCCUCUUUCCAGUAAAACAGACACUGCCAUGUAACUGACUGUAUCCAACCUCCUCCCGCCCCGACUUUUUUGACACUCCUACAUGAUAAAACGCAUCUUCAAGCCCCUGCUUUUUUUUCUUUUCUUCCCUGAAAGGAAAAAAAAGCACAAAGAGAGGAUGGGCAUGCACACUACAAUGCAAGGAAACGCUGUCUGACCUCAACAUCUUUUGUGGGCAGGAAAUGUGCUAAACUCAGACUAUUAUUGUGUUAGACUGAAUUCUGUCUGUUCAAGUCUAAUGAUACAUUUCUCCAUUUGUGCUCGUCACUAUAUCGUCAGAUGAUCAUGUCCAUAUUUUUUUUGGUGUCUGUCAUCCACUGCUAUACUGUGCUGGCAUUGUGUACGUCCAAAGAAUCUAGACCGCUGGCCUUCAGUGGGUGCUAGAGAUCCUAUAAAAUAGGAAAAUGUACUUUUUUUUUUAUCUCAAUCAUAGUUAUAUUCAAAUUUAGUUAGCAUUGUCUACAGAAAUCUGAAAUAUUUCUGAAUAAGACCCCUUCACUGUUUUUAGUUUUGUGCUAAACGUGGUUUGGCAAGUUUUAAGAUCCAUUAAGAGUUUUUUUGCUAGUUCAGUAAGGCAACAUGUCAUCUUUUCUUUUCAAAUGUGUUGUUCGCUUUAGAAGUUAAAAUACGCAUUUGACUUUGCGAUUUGAUUCACUUUCAUGCAGGUGUCAUUCAUUGCUUUUCAUGUUCAUUCAUGGAGUAAGUGAAAUUUGUUAAGGGUUCAUAUUUACUGUAGAUAGCCACUUUAUCUACAGAUAAAGCAGUUAUUUGUCUGAACCUAUGAUUAUUAUAUUUUUUUGCGGAGAUUUAAGAAGAUUUUAAUUCUCUGGAAAUGUGACCAAUAAUCUAGCUUUCUUCCAUUCAUCCAAUUAGGAAAGAGACUUUGAGUGAAUGGGGAGAAAGAGGUUCAUGUAGUUUACAGAUUAUAGUUGGGAAAGAAGAUUAUCUAACACAAUGACUUCUUUAAGUGAACAGAUUACUAAAAAAUUAACUUUUUACGAGUUUCAAAACCUAAAAGCUGCAGGAUGAAUAAUACAAAAAAAGGACUGCAACUUUUUCCAUUUUUGUUGAGGGUCGAUGAACUUACUCCAUGAUUUAUUUACAUCACCCAGAAUGUGUUGGAUAUUGAUCGAUGAUAGGGGAAAAAAAAGGCUAUUUUUAAAUUGUCUUUUAGCCUAGAUCUUUUAGGUUGCAACAAGAUUCUUGUAAAAUCAACUAUAACUUUAGUCAAUGCAAAUGGUACAUCGGAAAUCUCAAUCUAAAGCGUAAAUGCCUUACACCUGCAUGAAAAUGGAUAAAGUACUGUUGUAGAUGAUCAUAGCUUUAUAAAUGUGACAUUGCUUUUCUGGAAAACAUUUUCCAGCCUGUCCUAAAAGUUUUUGAAUAAUCUAAAACUAAAGCAAUGAUUCUCUAAUGUUGAUGCCUUUCCCAUGUUGACACAGAGCAAUAGACUGUUCAAAAGCACAAUGAAUGAUUUAAGCUUAGUCGCUGGAAUCUCACAACCAAAUGAAGGAGCUUUAUGCACACCGGCUUCAAAUAUGUCAACAUGGAUUUUUCUUACUAAGCUGUUUAUCUGCUACUUAAAUAUUCUAAGACCAAAAAUCUCUCAUAAACAUACAUUGUUCGUGUGCGCUCCAGAAUCCUAUCAAAGGAUGGCGUGUCUGAAGUGAAG